AUGGCGGCGAAAAGCGGAAAGAAUGGCUUACUAGAAAAAUGGAGGAUCGACGAGAAACCGGUGAAAAUCGACAAGUGGGAUGGAGCAGCUGUCAAGAAUUCUCUGGAUGAUGCUGCAAAGAAGGUCCUGUUGGAGAAGUACGGCUAUGCAGAGAAUUUCGGCCUCGUAGAUGGGCGUCUGUUCAUAUGCACGGUGUCCUGCCUCUUCGCCAUUGUAGCUUUAGUGUGGGAUUACCUCCACCCGUUCCCUGAGUCCAAACCAGUCCUGCUGUGCUGUGUCAUAUCGUAUUUCAUCAUGAUGGGCGUUCUUACCUUGUACACCUCCUACAAGGAGAAGAGCAUCUUCCUGGUGGCUGUUCAGAGAGACCCAGCAGGCAUGGACCCAGACCACGUCUGGCAGCUUUCCUCCAGUCUCAAACGGUUUGAUGACAAGUACACCCUGCGAAUUGCAUUCGUUGACGGCAAAUCCAAACAGUCAAGGGAGCUGGAGUUCACCAAGUCGGUGGGGACUUUCUUUGACGAGAACGGGACGUUGGUGAUGGACCAGUACGAGAAGAACGUCUCGAAACUUCACGACGCCCUGGCGAUGGAAAAGAAAACGAAGUAGAAGAGCGAUGGGGAGGGCGAGCGAACCAGCCUCGAUGGCGAUGGAGCCCCGCAGGGUCAAAAUGGCUGCAGGAUAAUGGCUGCUUUUGGCCCGUCCAGGGGGGAUAGGGAUUAGCUGUAGCUUAUCGGUUUCCAGGUGCAGUUUUUUUUUUUUUUUUUUUUUUUUUUUUUUGGGCCAUGUCAACUCGGCAACACGUCUGAUUAAUGUUUGUUUGAAUUAUUUGCUUGGAUUUCAAAAUUGCUUCGGGCCCAUGACAGAUCUUUUGAUAUUGACCACAAAGACGUUUAUAUUUUGGGGUGGGGGGUGGGGGGGGUGGGCUAGGUCACAUCACACAGUCCCCAGUGUACUCCUGGAUUAGAAGACAUUAUGUACUAUAUGAAGUACACUUUCAUCUGACAUUGCACAGAAGGACCCAUUUACUAGUAAUGAGGUUCUGCAACAGUGUUUUUCUCCCUCCAUUUAAAACAAGCAGCUUCCUAUAUCACGGUCAGAAAUGGGACCUCUUCAUUCAGGCUUAUUUUUGUUGGCGUAAUUUUUUUGCUUGAUUUGUAAGUUAAGACUUUGCAUCGUUUAUAUUGAAAACUCUGUUUUUUUUUGGUCAUCAAAGUGAAUAGAUAAUGCAUUAUUUGGUUCAGAAAUGUAAUGGUCAUAUUUGAAGCUUCUCAGUCUGAUUUAUUUUUCAGCUCAUUGACACGCUGCCUGAUUCAGAAUAAGAUUGGAAUCAUGUUAUUCCUUCGAUUUUAAAGAAAAUGAGUCUUUUGUCCUGAAAGCCUUAUUCAGUGUGACCAUUUGCAUUAAAAAAGCUUUGCUGCUGUAGUACUUUUUUUUUUUCUUUUUCUUAUGUGGAUUUUGAGUUCUGUUUUGUAAUUAUAAGGCCUAAAGUUCAGAAUAAACAUGUUUGAAAAAGGGACUGUAUCCAAACGUAUCUUUUCAGUGCUGUCACGAUGCCACUUUUCGUACAUCGUUUAUAGGAAAUAUUACUGAAGAGCAGGGAUGUUUGUUUUUCUGUACAAUAUUGUUUUUUUUAAAUAUAUACAAACAUACACACAUAUGCUAUGGUUAAAAUCUACCCCUGUUCAAUGCAUGUCCAAGCAGGUGUGUAGUAUGGUGCACAGGGCUGAGAGCCUGAACUUAUAUAUUUUAUAAUCAGGUAAUGCGUCUGGAUGCAGUUCCCUUCUCGGUUGUGAGACACCCUGGUGAAUACUGCAGAAAAGUAUUUGCGAUUAUGUUUGUAGAUAUUCUGCAUUAGCUGCCCUUAUUGUAUCUGCCUGUACUUCAGGAAAAAAGGUAUAAAUAAAGUGAAAAUUGAAUUUUUA